AUGGGCUCUCGACUUGAUGCGACAUCUAGCGCUGUGCGUAAGCGCAUCGAGAACCAUGACUUCCAAGACGAAGCGGGCGAAGAGUAUGGAGCGUCCAGCUUCGGCGGCUUCGGGGACUAUAUGCGACGCAAGAAGAUCAAGCUUCAGAAUCUAGAUGCAGACAUUCGAGCCUCUUCUGGAGACUGUCCACCAAUAUUUCGCGGAGUCGUCGCGCAUGUCAACGGCUACACCCAGCCGUCGCUACAAGACCUCCACCGCUUGAUAGUCAGCCACGGAGGCGGGUUCCUACAAUACUUAGAUGGGAAGACUCUCGCGACUCAUAUUAUUGCAAGUUCUUUGACUCCAAAGAAAUGCGAGGAAUUCAAGCGGUACCGUAUCGUGAAGCCCGCAUGGGUCACGGAGAGUAUUAAAGCUGGCCGAUUGCUGCCCUGGCACGGAUUUCGUGUCGUGGACGAGGGCCAAUCUCAAAAGGUCCUCAAGUUUGACGAUGGUCGCUUUACCAGUCAAACCAACACACCUCGGGUUGGCUAUCGAGACCAAUCAAAUUCGAGCUGGUACAAUUCUCAGCUCAAGGCUAUGACACCAACCGAUAGAAACCCCGUUGCUUCUACAAGUGCACCUAAAACUUCACCUGGUUCAAUACUGUCAACACGACCACCCGAAGUGUCCCCCAAAUUGCCGUCUCAGCCUUCUCAAUCCGAUUAUGGAGAAUUUCCUAGCUUUGCUGCUUUAGAAGACGAUGCAGAAGAGAAAGCAGCUGUCCAGGAGCCGCAACACGGGCAAACUACUCCUGUCAACCCCAGUAUACCAACUUCAGUUAAUACCACGCCCAGCGAUGCGGGUAGCCGUACACCUCAACAACCGCAGCAUGCGCAAAUCUCCUCGCCCGCGAAGCAAAAGAGUCCUUCAAACCCUCAAAUGAGCUCGGAGGAGUAUAAUGCACAACUUUUGUCUGAUCCCCGGAUGCGAAAAUCAAGUGUGGUCAAUCCAGAAUUUCUCCAGCAAUACUACCGAGAGUCGCGGCUUCAUCAUUUGUCAACAUGGAAAGCCGACCUGAAAGCCCAACUUCAAGCUGCGACAAGAGAAAAGGUGAUAUCCGGCGCUUCGUUAAUGAGGCCUGUUCCGGGGGCUAGGAGAUACAUUCUCCAUGUCGACUUUGACUCAUUUUUUGCCGCCGUUUCCAUUCUCAAGCAUCCUGAGCUUCGCGAAAAGCCUGUUGCCAUUGCUCAUGGCUCUGGGUCUGGCUCCGAAAUUGCGAGUUGUAACUAUGUUGCGCGAGGACGUGGGGUCAAGAACGGGAUGUGGAUGAAAGGGGCCAUGCAGGCAUGUCCAGACCUUCAGGUAUUGCCUUACGAUUUCCCUGCCUAUGAAGAAGCCAGUCGGAAAUUCUACAGCUCGGUGCUCUCUAUUGACGGCAUCGUGCAAAGUGUAAGCAUCGAUGAAGCUCUGAUCGAUGUUUCCAAUCAGUGCUUGGAGGCAGGGGGUUCUGACGGGAAAGGUGUCUCGGAGGGAUCGAUUUACCGUGAGCAAGCCAAAGCCGACGAGAUAGCGCAAGGUUUGCGUGAUUCCAUAAAGGAGAAGACUGGUUGCGCGGUGUCAGUGGGAAUCGGUGGCAACAUUUUGCUCGCCAAAGUGGCAUUGCGCAAGGCAAAGCCUGCCGGGCAAUUCCAUUUGAAACCCGAUGCUGUUCUGGAUUUUAUUGGGAACCUCACCGUUCAAGAUCUACCAGGCGUUGGGUAUAGCCUUGGGUCGAAACUUGAAGAACUUGGGGUGAAGUUUGUUAAGGACGCCAGGGAAUUUACCAAAGAAAGACUAUGCGCCAGUUUGGGGCCAAAGACCGGAACUAAGAUAUGGGAGUAUGCCCGGGGCAUAGACAAGACAGAUGUUGGCAAUGAAGUGAUCAGGAAGUCCGUCUCGGCAGAGGUCAAUUGGGGAAUUCGAUUUGUCAACCAGGAUCAGGCUGAGGAUUUUAUCAGAUCACUCUGUGAGGAACUGGGUCGCAGAUUGGUCGAGAACUUAGUCAAGGGCAAGCAGCUUACGCUGAAAGUUAUGCGGAGGUCGAUGGAUGCACCUUUGGAGCCAGUCAAACAUCUCGGUCACGGCAAAUGCGAUGUCUUCAACAAGAGCGUCGUCAUUGGCGUGGCCACCCACGCAUCCGAUGUCCUAGGCAAAGAGGCUGUGUCAAUGCUGAGAAGUUUCAACUUCUCUCCCGGUGAUCUCAGGGGUCUUGGUGUUCAAAUGACCAAGCUUGAGCCGCUGAAGACCGGUCCCUCGGUCACUGUCGAAGGUAGUCAGCGGCAGCUGAACUUCUUCAAAUCUCCGUCGCGCAAGAGUGUCGCCGCCAACGUCGACCCCGAUGAACUGGAUAGUCCUCGUAAAGGCGAUUUAGCCCGGAUUCAGGUCGACCCCGUUCUCAGCAAUAGCGCUCACAAACCGCUAAAUAUCUCCGGGUCACAAUUCAUCAUGCCCACUCAGGUAGACCCCAAGGUUCUCUCUGAGCUUCCUGGAGAUAUCAGAUCAAGGCUUGUUGCCCAGGCAAAGCCUCGACAGGAACCGCCGCGAUCUGGCUCCCCAUGUCCGCCACCACGCCGUCGUAUGGUCGAGCCCACUGUUGCUGCUGCACCACUCCCGCCUCAGUCCCAGCUGGACCCUGAGACAUUAGCUGCUUUGCCUGAGGACGUUCGGAAUGAAGUCCUUGGCUACUAUAAUCAGCAGACUGAUAAUACCCCUGAUCAUCCACCAGCUGUGCCUUCGGCCGCUCCAGCAAACACGUCGCGCUCUGCACCUCAAACAGGGCCAUUGAAGCUCAAGAGACCAAUAUCACCGCCAAAGAAAAGGCGUGGUCGUCCGCCAAAAUCAGCCUCGAGUGGGAAUAGGUCCUUGACUCAGACAAACUUUGCUUUUCCUCGACCUACAACUACCUCUUCUAUCGUGCCGGCCACGUCGAGUCGUGACUCUCCAUCUCGCCAGCAGUCGCCAGCGAUUGAAGAGGAAUCAGAUGUUUCUGCUGAUUUCCUCGCGGCACUUCCGGAGGAUAUCCGCCAGGAAGUUCUUGAGGAGCAAAGACGCGCUCGUCUUCAACGAGCUCGCGCUUCCGCUGCGGCUACCUCACGGCCAGUAUCUCAACCUCAGACCUCCGUUCCUGCUUCCGCUGCUGCUGCCCCACCUCCCACCGAGACGACAUUGCAUCUUCCCCCUCUCCCAGAGCGACCUGUAUUCACCUCGCGACGGCUGUCAGACUUGCCAGAUCUGCGCGACGCAGUGGGUGCCUGGCAUUCUGCUUUUGCGGCCGACGGCCCCUACGGCGAGGACGUAGAGGUUCUAUGUACAUAUAUUCGACGCGUCAUUGCAGAGGAGAAGGAUAUUGAUAAAGCCGUGUCUGUGGUGCGUUGGCUGAUGUGGCUGGUAGACGAUGAUUCAAAACUCCAUCGAACUCAAUUGGUUAACCCAAGUCCGCCGUCUGGACAGGGUGAACAAGGCGUUGUGACUUGGGAGGCUGCGAUUGGAACUAUGCAGCAAAGUGUACAGGCCGCAUUGGAAGCGAGGGAUCUUCCACCGGUGGAUUUUGAAUAA